UUUUAAAACCAAUACCUAAAUCUAUUUCUGGAUACUGUGUUACUGUGUUUUCGAUAGGGUAAAAAUAAUAUCUCUGGACGUCUAGUCUAGAUCGAAGACGUCUUAGUCUUAUUAUAUUAUAUAUAGAUCUGGUUUAUUUGAAGCCUAGUUUAUAAUAAUAUAGGCGAAUUUGAACCGUUGAAAAUCAAAAUUGAUAUAAACUAUGAAUCGUAAACACCGGAAACGACACCAUAGUCACACAGAUGAAGAGGCCGAAAAAGAAACCACAUUUUUUCAAAAACGUCAAGCUGAAAGACAUUCAAAUAAUGAAGAUCUUAGAUCAAAACAUCACAAACGUCAGAAACAGAAAAGGCAUACAGAAGAUUCCAGUCCUCCUCGAAUCCAACGUCGAGAUCAGUCACGGGAUAAAAAGAGAAGUGAAAUGUAUGACCCUAACAUACGGAUAAAACAAGAAAAGAUUGAUGAUGAAAAUUUCAGGCACCAGCACAGGGAAAGGUCCCGAAACAACGAACGGAGGCGAGAGCAAAGGAGAGAAAGAGAUGUGGCUGGCGGCGACUUUGGUUUGAAUACAAUUCAAAUCAAAUCGGAAGACGCACCCGAGGAAAAGAAAGACGAUAAACAAAAACCAAACUUUCAACUUUCUGGUAAGUUGACGGAAGAUACAAACACAUUUCGAGGAGUCGUUAUAAAAUAUAAUGAGCCACCUGAAGCAAUGAAACCAAAACGCAGGUGGCGAUUGUAUCCUUUCAAAGGUGAUACAGCCUUACCUGUUUUACAUAUUCACAGACAGAGUGCCUAUCUGUUGGGCCGUGAUAGAAAAAUAGCAGACAUUCCUAUAGACCACCCUUCCUGCUCGAAACAGCAGGCAGUUCUUCAGUUUCGAGCCAUGCCCUACACACGUCCUGAUGGGACACCAGGCAGACGCGUCAGGCCUUACAUCAUAGAUCUCGAGUCUGCCAACGGGACAUACUUGAACAAUGAAAAGAUUGAGCCCAAGCGCUACUACGAACUCAGAGAAAAAGACGUUGUUAAAUUUGGUUUUAGCACUAGAGAGUAUGUGGUACUUCACGACAGUGUUGAUCUUUCAGAGGUCACGGCCGGCGAUGACAUGGAAGAAGUAUAACUAGGGUGAGAUAAUGGUUGAUCAUUACAUGCAUUACACAUUUAUAUGUUUUGAUAUUUGUAUAUUGAUAGUAUGUUAAUAAUUAAAAAAUAAAAUGACUGAAUUGAUU